UUCCCCUCUAGCUGCACUGUUGAUUGCAGUGGCUUCCCUCCCCCUCCCCAGCUAAAAUGGCGGUGAUGGGGGUGCAGUUGGUGGUCUCCUUGCUCGUGGCCAGCAUCAUGCAGAAGAUGGCCCCACACUUCUCCUUUGCACGGUGGAUCCUCUGCAGUGGAAGCUUGCAUCGCUACCGGCAUCCUUCCGAAGAAGAGUUGCUUGCCUUAGCAGGCAAGCAGAAGCCAAAGGCUAGGCGGGGAACGGUAAGUCUGGAGAGGAUCAAUGGAGUGACAGAAGACAAGCCCACCACUGUGCCCCGAGAUAUCGAUUUGCAACUGGAGACCAGCCCCAUCACAACAGUGGAUGCCCUGGUCCUGCGCUAUUUCCUGGAGUAUCAGUGGUACGUGGAUUUUGCGGUGUAUUCUACCUUUGUCUACCUGUUCACUGAAGGUUACUAUUGUUUGGUGGACCCCCGGAAAGAAGCCAACAUCGGUAUACUCUGGUGUUUGCUUACAGUCAUCUUCUCCAUAAAAAUCUUUUUCAUGGUGAUGCGCCACUAUUUCAAAUCUGAGGAGGGGGGCGAGCGCUCGGUUUGCCUGUCCUUUGCCUUCUUCUUCCUCUUGAUCGCUAUGGUGGUCCUUGUAGUCCGGGAAGAUUACUUGGAAUUUGGACUUGACACAGGGCUGACCAACGUUUACGACAACCUGGAAGUGUUCUUAAAGGAGCAAGUGUGGGAGUGGACAAUCCCCGUGACCAAGCUGAGUAUCAAAUUGGGUCUGGCGGCCCUCUGCUCCUUCAUCGGUGCUUGCCUGACUUUCCCAGGGCUGCGUUUGGCUCAGACGCACUUGGACGCUCUCAAGAUGGCAGCUGACCGGCCGUUGAUCCAGCUCCUGCUGCACACCAGUUUCCUCGCCCCUGUGAUGAUUGUAGUGCUGUGGGUCAAGCCGAUUUCCCGGGAUCUCCUGCUGCGUGCCCCCCUGGGCAAGGAAACGGUCCAAAUUAUGUCGGAUGCCGCCUACAACUCCUUCCGCCUCUGGGCCAUUGUGGCGCUCUGCCUCCUCCGUCUGGCCAUGAUCCACCACCACCUGCAGGCUUACUUGAAUCUUGCCCCACGCUGGGUGGAACAGAUGAAGCGGGAAGCGGGCCGGAUCAGCGUGCUGGAGAUCCAGCGAAGGAUCACCAGAAUCUACUGCUACGUAACAGUCGUCAGUCUGCAAUACAUGGGCCCCAUCAUUGUAACCCUGCACUUGACGCUGCUUCUAAAAACUUUCGGGGAAUAUUCCUGGGGCCUUUAUCCUGAGCCUGCUCCAAUGUCACCAGCUGUGGACGCCGCCCCCGUUAUCCGCAGCUCGACUGGGGCCAGCGGGGAAGACAUCCAGGCCACUGUGGAGCAGAUUACGGGGACGCUGGGCGCUCUCAGCACCGUCUUCACCCCCCUCUUCUACCGUGGGCUCUUCUCGUUCCUCACCUGGUGGGUGGCUGCCUGCCAGAUUGUCUCCAGCCUCUUCGGCCUCUAUUUCCAUCAGUACCUGGCUGCCUCCUAACUCUGCCAGGUCCGAAGCAAGACUUCCUGAGACCCCCUGGCCCUGUGCCACUGUGACCCUGGCCUCGCUUGGCAGACAGCGGCAUCCCCUCGGCUGUGCGCAGCUGGGGCCUGGCGAUGCACCAGCCCCCAUGUAUCUCCUCUCUGCAAAGGGGAAACGUAUCCACAUCCCUUCCUCUUGGCAUUGCCUGCUGCCAGCCAGGAGUGAUGGAGAAGGGGCAGAACAUUGCCUUCAAGGUAGCGCCGCUCAUCCAUGUUGCCUCCGCACUGACAGGCUCCAAGGGCUACGUAGAGGUCAUCAGGCUGGGACCCAUUGAUCUUGCCAUGUCCCUUUUAUGUGCAUGUGGGGGAUACAGCAAAAACGCCUAGCAUCCGGCUGACUGUGACUCUCCAAUGUUCUUUUUAAAAAGGAGUUUCUAGUCCACAGGAGUGUGAAAAUAUUUAAAUGAGUGGGUAUUGGGGGAAGGGAGGUCCUGCUGUAAUCACAGGGGAUGAAUUGGGGCCAGGAAAAGGCUGCAUACGGCCUGCACCUCCUCAGCUGUCUAACAAAACUAGAAUAAAUCAUACGGAGGAGAAAUCUUUAUGCAUGCAUACCGUGGAGUUUGAAACAAACGGGGAAA